UGUUUAUGUUGUUGAGGAAUGGUUGUGGACGAGCGCAUGUCACAUGUUGAUUUGAUAAUAAUUUUUAAUUACUUAAAUUACAUGAAAAAAUAGUGAUAUAAUGGAGGAAAAUACACCCACAGUCAGUUUAGUAUCAUGCAUGCACUUUGUUCGUCGUGGUAUAGCGAAGGCGGUACCAGAAAAGAUUGAGUUGACUGAAAAAGAGUUGGCAGAUAUAAUUAAGCAAACUGCUAAUGAUUUAAGAAUAACAGAGAGAGGUGAAGAUGUAAGUGAUGAUGAAGAUGACAAUGAGAACGUUGGCAACACAGAGCAAGCAGAGCCAGCCGACCCUAAUGACAGAUUUAAUUUUGCUAACUAUGACAAUGAAGAUGACUCAAAUCCAGUGGGAAUCGGAACUGUUGCCACUCUGCCUAAUUUGGGAGACCUCAGUGAGAAUGUUCAAAUAAGGACUGAAGGCCCAGACAGUGAUGAAGAGGAUGACAUAAUCAAACCGGACGAUAAUCUCUUGCUGGUGGGACAUGUUGAGAGUGACGCCAGUAUACUAGAAGUUUAUAUAUUCAACAAAGAAGAGGGCUCGUUCUACGUGCACCACGACAUCAUCUUGCCGUGGUUCCCGCUGUGCAUUGAGUGGCUCAGCCAUGACCCCUCAGACCCUGGCCCAGGUAACCUGUGCGCCCUUGGCGGUAUGGAUCCAGUGAUCCAAGUUUGGGACCUGGAUAUAGAGAACUGUCUAGAACCAGCGUUCAAACUCGGCCGGAAACCCAACAAGAAAAAGAAGACUAAGAGGAUUGGCCAUAAAGAUGCCGUGCUUGAUCUAUCUUGGAAUAAGAACUUUACACAUGUUCUGGCUAGCGGCUCCGCGGACAACACAGUGUUAUUGUGGGACCUCGAUCAGGGCACGCCGCACACAAAACUAGAUUAUUAUGAAGAUAAGGUGCAGACGGUGAGCUUCCACCCGCUGGAGGCGCAGACGCUGGUGGCGGGCGGCUGCGACGGGCGCGCGCGCGUGGCCGACUGCCGCAGCCGCGCCGCGCCGCGCGUCUGGGCGCUGCCCGGCGAGGUGGAGCGCGCCGUGUGGGACAGGCAGAACCCGUUCUGCUUCGCUAUGAGUAACAACCAGGGCAAGGUGGCGUACGUGGACUGCAGGCAGGACGAGCCGCUGUGGACGAUACAGGCUCACGAGAAAGAAGUCACGGGUCUGAUUCUCAGUGAUUCGGUUCCUGGACUUAUGGUGACGGUGAGCACUGAUGGCAAGAUGAAGACCUGGGACACCACGAGCUCGCCCCCAGUACAAGUGAGCGAGAGGACGGGUCGCGUGGGAGCGGCGCUGUGCGCGGCGGUGUGUCCCGAAGCUCCGUUUUCUUUCGCGGUGGGCGGCGAUAACAAAGAGUGCUUCAUUGAGGUCGUCGACCUCACUAACAGCGAUGAAGUUUCAAACCGCUUCGGCAGUCGUCCAUUGGUGGCUGUGACCACGGAGCCAAACGACGCCGCUAUGGAGACAUAGAUAUAUAUAUACGUAUAUUAUGUUAUUGUUAAAUAAAUUAUGUACAUAAU